AUGGCUUAGACAAUAAAUCCAUUUAUGAAGGUAAAAUGCUUUUAUUUAUUCUUAUGUUAUAGAUCAUGUAGGAUAGUGGGCUAUCAAAAGGAAUAUUACAAAUAUUUAAUAUUACCAUUAAAAAUCAUGUUUUCAGAGUAUUUAACAACCUUGGAAAAUGUUCAUGAUAUACAUGAAAAACACAAGUUAUAAAAGUAUGAAAUACGCUCCCAAUUUUAUAAAAUAUAAGCACAGGUUUAUUAAUAGGAGAGAAAACAGUAUUGUUAACAUUUUGGUGCAGUCUGGAUGGUAAAAUUAAUGGUAGUUUCGUCUUUUAUUUCACUGAAUUUUAGAAGAUCUUCACAAUGUCAGUACAUGACCUUUACAUUCUGACAAAAAAAAAAAAAAAAUUUAAGAAAUAAUUACCAGAAAUGAUCAGGUAGAAAACAUAAAAGAGAUUCUAGAUUAAGAUGGUGGUCUGUGAAUUGUAUACAGCGUUUUUAUUCUCAUCUUAAAUAUCUUAAACUGAAAGAAAAUAAUUUGUAUGCACAAACUCUUUCUGGGUGUGCGUGUGUUUUACAUUUUUUUUUUUUUUAAGUGAGGAAUUCCUGGAAGACAGAAAGCAGAUGGAGCCACUGUGUAGGAGGCUGGCGGGCAGCAGACGGCCAGCAAGGAGGAGGAGGGGAGUCGGCCUGUCUUGGCUGGCGUUUGAGGGAAACGGUCGAGGGGCGGAGGAGGAAAUGAAAGAGAGGGCGCGUGUGUCAAUACAAGCUGAACACGGGCACGCGCGCUGACCAGCCUGGCUGCCGCCCGCAGAGCGGAAGGCGGGCUGGCUGGGGGCGGGGCCAAGGCUUAGGCGGGCUCAGAGGUGGCGGGUUCCCUGGGCCGCAAAGACCCGGUCGCCAGAGUGAAGUGAAGCCAAGCCAACUAGCGCGGCGAAGCCCAGGCCGCGCGGACUCCCCAGAGACUUGCCGCCGCCUGCGCCUUUGCGGCUGCAGCCAUCCCUCUUACUCCUUGCCUUUCUUCCCCGUCGUCUCCUCUGUCGCCGUGCCGCAGCCGCACCAGCAUCGACAACAGCUAAGUGGCCGAUUCGGGGACUUGGGGUCGGGGUUGGGGCGGACGCAAGGCACGAACAGCACUCGCGAGCCCGCCAUCUCUACGUCAGCCGCCACUGCUGCAGUAACCCUUCUAGGGCGAGAGAGGAAAGCACUGUGGAGAGGCACACGCUGUCCCAGUGCUCACGGUUAGAGUUCGAGCGUUUCUGCCAAAACCUUGGUGAGAGCCUUGCACUUGGAGAAGGGAGCACAGAUCAGGUCUUUGAGAUCGCAAAAAAAAAUAUAUAUCAUAUUGCGUAGUGUUGACUUUUUGUCAGUUUAAUCGACCAGAGCAGCAGCUUUCCCCAAGCCCUCUUAAUCCCUGAGCUAUGUCUCCUCCAACCGUGCCUCCGAUGGGGGUAGAUGGCGUGUCUGCAUACCUGAUGAAGAAAAGGCACACCCACAGGAAGCAACGGCGCAAGCCCACUUUCCUCACUCGUAGGAACAUCGUGGGCUGCCGCAUUCAACACGGCUGGAAGGAAGGCAACGAGCCAGUGGAGCAGUGGAAGGGUACUGUGCUCGAGCAGGUUUCCGUGAAGCCCACUCUUUACAUCAUUAAAUAUGAUGGCAAAGAUAGUGUGUAUGGACUAGAACUGCACCGCGAUAAGAGAGUUUUAGCGCUAGAGAUCCUUCCUGAGAGAGUGCCAACUCCUCGUAUCGAUUCACGACUGGCAGAUUCCCUGAUUGGCAAGGCAGUGGAGCAUGUGUUUGAAGGUGAACAUGGUACCAAGGAUGAAUGGAAGGGUAUGGUCCUGGCGCGAGCUCCUGUGAUGGAUACUUGGUUUUACAUCACCUACGAGAAAGAUCCUGUUCUCUAUAUGUACACGCUGCUUGAUGACUACAAAGAUGGUGACUUACGCAUUAUUCCAGAUUCCAACUACUAUUUCCCUACAGCAGAACAGGAGCCUGGAGAGGUGGUCGACAGUCUCGUGGGCAAGCAGGUGGAGCAUGCCAAAGAUGACGGGUCCAAGAGAACUGGCAUUUUUAUACAUCAAGUGGUGGCGAAGCCAUCUGUCUACUUCAUUAAGUUUGAUGAUGAUAUUCACAUUUAUGUCUAUGGUUUGGUGAAAACUCCUUAAAUUCUUUGUGCUCUUUACAGAAGUUGUGGAACUGUUAGAUGUAAAUUAUUUUGUGUUCUCGUAGUUGUGAACGCAGAGAACAGUUUAGGUGUCAGAAAUUCGGGAAAGUGGAUAAAUUUUAUCGUGCCAACAAAUCUUACCUUGACUAGUUUCACAAUUUUGCCUCAAGUGUACUUUGCUACUUUUGAUAUUGCCUUGUUCUGUAACUUAACAGUUAAAUUGGGUGCCAAUAGAAAAUUAAAAAGUGUUUGCAACCAUUGGAACAAUGCAAAAAUAGAUUAAGAAAAAUUAAUGGUGUAAACCCACACCCCGUCCUUACCCCUUCCUUUCCUUACCUUAACAAGUGUUGGGGAUGCGAAGUACAUCCUUCCACCUAUUUUCCCCAUCUUCAUGCAGAAAGUAUGUUCUAGUAGUUUCUGUAAAAAUGGCAAGCCACAUGCUUUUCUCACUUGACAUGUAGAUGAUAUCUCUUCUUAUCAGUAGCUUCAGUCUUUCUUGCUCUCUCUGGCUCUCUCUGGCCCUCACUCUUACUCUCUUACACUCUUACUCUCCCCCUCCCUCCUUUACUCUAACAGCUGAAUACGCAGUACUUGUUGAUGUACCAAAAAGGCAUUCAACCAUUUCGUUAUUGAUCGUCUUUUAUUUCCUUUUUUUUUUUUUUUUUUCAAAAUAACACUGCUGUAAUACAUACUGGUGCUUUUAUUUCUAUAGGUUGGAUUCCCAGAAAUACUAUGUAGGCAUAUGUUUCAGAAAUAUUACAAGAUUACUAUCCAAAAUGAAAGCACCCAUUCCAGCGUCCUCUCCAGCACUCUUUAAUGCUUGAAAAUAUGAAAGGCUAAAAAUUGCAUUGUAUUGCUUGUUAGUUUAAUUGCCUUUUGUCUGAGUUCAAAGAGAUUUGUUGUUGCUGUCCUUGUUUCUGUUUGGAUUUUUCUCUGAUUUGCCUGUUCUUACCCUUUGCUCAUGUAUCUAUUGAUGUUUUUCAUUAUAAAUUUGUAGAAAUUCUUACUACAUAGUGCAUAUUAAUCAUUUGUAGCUCUAAUGUGUUAUGAUGUUUUCAUCUUGACUUUAUUGAUGAUAUAUUUUUCUUUAAAAUUUUUAAACUUUUUAGGUAGACACUUAUCUCUUUUAUAGAUUUUGGUUUCCUUUUUUUAUCACAUGGAUGCCCUCACCCAAAGUCAUAACUUUAUUAUUUUUAAUGUUUAAAUGUUUGAUCCAUCUGAAAUUUAUUUUUGUAUAUGGUGUAAGAUGGGGAUCCAGCGAUAACAUUUUGUUCACAUUGGAUACCUGAUUGUGACAUUUAUUUAAAAUAUUACCCAUUUUCAAAUUUCUGAGCUAAUAUCAUGAUUUAAUUAUAGUGGCUUCAUCGUAAGUUUUAGAAUCCGAUAAAGCAAGUCCUACUUCAUUAGUUUUUUUUUUCUUUAUAUAAUCUGUCCUAGGCAUUCAUUUUUUCAUGUGAAAAAACGAAAUGCAGAAUUUUAAUAAAAUUCUAAUUAUGAUGGCUGACAUCACAAUUAAAAUCCUGCAUUUUUGUUUAGAGGGCUCUUUAAUAAUAUUAAAUCUUAGCACUCAAGAGUCUUCGUACAUCAUUGAAAUCUUUUGGUCUUGUUAUUGGAAUAUUCUUCACGUAAGUAUAUAGUAGCUAAUUGAAUUUAUUUCUAAGUAUUUUUACAGUUUUAUUUCAUAUUUUGACAUUGUGAAUUGGUUUUUUCUUCUCAUUUGUAAUUUGCUAUUUUUGACAAUGUAGACAACCUAUAGAUUUUUGUAUUUUUGUCUUCUGUCUAAUGAGCUUAAUCAUUGAAAUUACAGUAGAUUUUUAAGAAUAUAAUAUUUUAGGUUUUCUAGAUAUGAAAUUAUUUCACCUGAACAUAUAGAUCAUUUUAUUUCCUCUUAAUGUUUAUACUGAUUACUGUUACAUUAGCUGGAUUUUUCAAAACAAUGUUGAAUGGUGAUGACAGAUGUGACUGUCUUGUUCUUAAUUUUCAUGGAAGUAAGAAUGCAAAGUAUUAAUAGGGAAUAGUAUUCCCUAUUAGUAUGACAUUUACUUUUGGUUAUUAGUAGGUAGUCAUUAACAUGUUUAAGAGUUUCUGCUAUUCCUGUUUUAUAGUGUUAUUGCUAGAAGUGGUUCCUGAAUUUUAUAAAAUGCCUUUUCAGCAUCUAUUGAUAAAAUUGUAUGAUUUUUUUCUCUUUAAUUUGUUGAUGUAAUGAAUUAGAAUGGUAGGUAUUUGAUGUGGAACCAAACUUGUAUUUCUGGAACAAAUACUAUUUGAUCAUUGUGAAAUAAUGAUUUGCUACAUGACUGGAUUUUAUUUACCAGUAUUUAAUUUAGAAUUAUUACAUUUUCAUUCAAAAGUAAAAUUGUAUUUUGUCCUUCUGAUGCCAUCUUUAUCAAGUUUUGUUAUUGAAGUUGUUGCUAGCUUUAAAAAAAUAUGAAUAUGUGAGUUUUCAAUUUUUUUCCUGUGGUCUGGAAUAAUUUAAAUAGCAUUAGAAUUAUUUGUUCGUUAAAAGUUAGCUAGGACAAAGUGUAAAACAAUCUAUAUCCCUGCUAUAUAUCCCUGUGUUCUCAUCUUUUAGCUCCCGUAUGUGAAUGAGAACCUUGGUUAUUUGGUUUUCUGUUUCUAUGUUAGUUUGCUAAGAAUAAUGGCCUUCAGCUCCAUCCAUGUUCCAGCAAACCACCAUGGCACAUCACUGACUAUUGGAAAAAUGCAAAUCAAAACCACAAUGGGAAAUUGUGUUUCAAUGGAAAAUUAUCUGUCCUCUAGAACUGUGCAUCCUUUCUGUAUUCUCAGAUCUAGCUUUGUUCAUUGUUUCGGGGAUAUUUUGGUACACUUUGUAAAUUGUAGUUACCUGAUAAUUAUGUAAAUUAUAUUCUAUAUGGUACAAAUUUAAUUGACUUAUCCCCCUUCUGUGAAACAACCAGCAUUGUUUCCAUUUGCAAUACUUUUCAGUAUUCCUUUUCUCUAGUUUUGUGCUUUUUGAUUUUCCCUAAUAUCAGUAAUUACAUCUGCUGAGUUCUCUCAUGUCAUGUGAGUAAAAUAGAAUUUUUAAAUAUGAAAAAAAUCUAAUCCUGAUGACACUUUUAAUGGUAGAUAUUUAAUCAGCUUUGUGAUUUCUUUAAUAGUUAUUGGUUUAUUCAGGCUUUUUAUUAAAAAGGUAUAUACAUUCUCUGUGACAUACAAAGUUAAAAGUUGUCUCUAUUAUUGCUGAUUGUACUGGUUGUUGCUUGUUGACUGUACUAUUCAGAUGCUUUAUGCUUUUGUAUAUUUUAUGUCACCUAGAUCUAAUUCUGAAAACAUUGUAAUAAAAUAAUCAGCUAUAAUGGUA